CCCGGCGGCGGUGACAUCAGCGCGGCUUCCUGCCCGCCACCGCCGUGAGCGCAGCCCCGGCCCCUCCGGCACAGCCCCGAUGGAGUCGGUGGCCCUGUACAGCUUCCAGGCCACAGAGAAGGACGAGCUGCCCUUCCAGAAGGGGGACACCCUGAAGAUCCUCAGCAUGGAAGAUGACCAGAACUGGUACAAGGCUGAGCUGUUCGGCUGCGAGGGCUUUGUCCCCAAAAACUACAUCAAGGUCAAGCCACACCCGUGGUACGCGGGCAGGAUCUCCCGAAACCUGGCAGAGGAGCGGCUGCUCCAGCGGAACCACCUGGGAGCCUUCCUGAUCCGCGACAGCGAGAGCGCCCCGGGAGAGUUCUCCCUCUCCGUCAACUAUGGGAGGCACGUCCAGCACUUCAAGGUGCUCCGGGAGAGGAACGGCAAAUAUUUCCUCUGGGAGGAAAAGUUCAACUCCCUCAACGAGCUGGUGGAUUUCUACAGGAUGACCACGAUCUCCAAAGAGCAGCAGAUCUUCCUGAGGGACGAGGACCAGACCCAGGAGGUGAAGAGACCCCGAUUCGUGCAAGCCCAGUUCGACUUCUCAGCCCAGGAGAGCUCCCAGCUGCCCUUCCUCCGUGGGGACAUCAUUGAGGUCCUGGGCUGCCCCGACCCCGGCUGGUGGCAGGGGAGGAUCUACGGCCGCGUCGGGCUCUUCCCCCGGAGCUACGUCCACCCCCUGCACAAGUGACCGUCACCACGAGCUGGUGACCGGGCAGGACCCGGCCCCGUGGUCCCCACUCGUGCCCUCACAUGGCCUGAGUGUCCCUUUGUCCCCAGGAUGGUGCCUGGUCCUUGUGCCAUGUGACACCAGAGCUGUGGCUCCCUG